UCCAAUUAUUUCUUCCACAGAACUACGCAGCGUCAACUCCUCCGAAGCCUUCAUCAGCGCCGCCGCAUACGACGCUCCAACGGUCGGUGCGCGCGGCGCCGUCCCGGGUCAUCCCACGCUUCCACUUCCCCAGGGGGCGACCCCCGCCUGCACACCAACAGGACCACGCCGUGCAGAAGGUCCAGUCAGCGUUUGCGACCUUCCCGAAUAGCCAGGUGCCGCGCGAAAGUUUCAAGCACAUCGUGAAGGCGUGCGAGUGUCCCCUCUACUGGAAGAUGCCGCUGUUCCUCGCCACGCAGCAGAACCUCAACGCGUCUGUGGACGGACACAAGUUCAUUGACUUUUGGAGAGAGAUGAUAUCCCAAUGCCACGACGAGGCGUCCCGGUUCGUGUACGUGCUGACGAGGGGCAAGAGCAGCACGCUGACGCCGGAGGACUUCGUGCCGCUGGUGCAAGACGUGGUGGACACACACCCCGGCCUGUCGUUCCUCAAGGAAGCCACCGAGUUCCACUCCCGAUAUGUUCAUACUGUGAUCGCUAGGAUAUUUUACUGCGUGAACCGAUCGUGGUCCGGAAGGAUAUCAAUACCCGAACUCAGAAGAUCGAAUCUCCUUCAAGUUAUACAACUUUUGGAAGACGAGGAAGAUAUCAACCAAGUUACGCAAUACUUUAGUUACGAGCAUUUCUAUGUGAUUUACUGUAAAUUCUGGGAGUUGGAUAAGGACCACGAUUUGUUCAUUGACAAGCAUGACCUCGCCAGACAUAACGAUCACGCUCUCUCAAGUCGUAUGAUCGAGCGAGUGUUGUCCGGCUGCGUGACGCGAGGCAACCAGAAUCGGUUGACCCCAGACGGCGAGCCUCGUAUGUCAUACACGGAGUUCGUGUGGUUCCUGCUAGCUGAGGAGGACAAGACUCACCCUACCGCUAUUGAAUACUGGUUCAGGUGUAUGGACGUUGACGGAGACGGGUACAUCUCCAUGUACGAGUUGGAAUACUUCUACGAAGAGCAAAUGCAGAGGAUGGAGGCGAUAGGCAUAGAAACGCUGCCGUUCACUGAUUGUUUGUGUCAAAUGUUAGACAUGGUCCACCCAGCGGAAGACGGCAAGGUCACGCUCACCGACCUGAAGAAGUGCAAACUGACGCCGAUCUUCUUUGACACGUUCUUCAACCUAGAGAAGUACCUCGACCAUGAGCAGCGGGAUCCCUUCGCCACACAACGGGAUUCUGAUUCCGAGAUAUCAGAAUGGGACAGAUUUGCAGCAGAAGAAUACGAACUGUUAGUCGCUGAGGAAGGCGGCAGCGACGCUCAGGACCAAAUCUCAUACGAUGAAACAGAUGAGGACUGUUUAUCGCCAAAUCUAGACGACGUUACGAAUACCGAGGUUGUCGAGGACUCUAGUGUCGAGGAGUCAACUCUGAGCGAGGGGCUCGGCGCCGCCACCAUACAACGCGCAAGAGACCCCGCGGGGGUCGCGAUCGGUCCGCGUAACCCCGUUUCAACAAACCCAACCGGCUUCGUCAACCUCAGCUCGAUUUACUCCAUCGGCAACAGCGAACGAUGGGCCGCCCAAAAGAAUAUUCCAUUAGAAAAGAAAGGAGAGAAGCCCAUUCCACCAGAGAAGCCGGUCAGUUUGAUGAUGAUGAACGGCAAAAUGGACAACAGAUACGGUUACGGCAACAACAGCUUCCUGUACUCCCAACUGUUGAACCCUGGGGGAGUGGGCGGCGCCCGAGCGAAGGAUCCGCCCUCGUACACAGCCGCAACUAGCGGGGUAUUCGACAAGUGUGGCGAAGCUAAAAAGGCAACAUCUCCCAUCAAAACCGUUAAAUCGCCUGUCACAAGUCCCGUGAAUGGCGUUAGCAAAAUCUCAGACAACUAUGAAAAGGCCGUAGCGGAGAGACUCAGUCCUCAGAGAGAGAUAUCGAGGCUAAAUCGGAGUAGUUUGUUCAGUAAGGUGAACACGGGCGUCGUUUCAGGGAAAGUUAAGAAGAAUGGCCGUCAGGACGAAGAUGACGAAGAUUACGCGCGCGAUAGUGACGAAUGUUCCAUUUAGAGCUUGUGUCAAAUGUGGCAGUGCCAUAUGCUUUGAACUCUGGUGGCCACCGGGGCAGAACUUCGGUAGUUAUACUAUUUGAAAAAGGGUUUCCAAAUAGGGUUGCCAGAAUGUGAAUCACUUUUUCGGAUGUGUACGAAACGUUUGCAAUAUCGUGUAUACUUUAAAGGGGUAUCACCAUGAUAGUUAAUUGCUGGAAUUCCCAUUAGAAUGCGGGAGAUAAGUUUUAAUGCGAACGCCAAAGAUCGUCAUGUGCAAUUUGGACUUUGUGAUUACAAGUCACUUGAACAGGAACAGUUUAGUUUGUGAGAGAAAUAUUUUUUCAGCGUAUCCUAGUAUUGGUGCGUGCCUUGUGAACGUAGAUGUAGUUUCCGUGUGGGCAAUGUAGUUAUAGUAUUAAAUUGUUAGUUGUAAAGUGCGUCAAUCCUCGGGGAAUGUUAUUUAGUGUGCGAACGGUGUGUUUUAACAUCGCUUUAAAUAAAAUUAGUUUCAGCAUUUUACUAGUAUUAUGGACAUUAAACCAUGUUACAUGUGUAUUACUAUUACGUUUUUAUGUAUUCUGCUCCCCUAGCCAAGUGGCACGUCGAUUCUCUUUCUACGAUCGCUAACGCUUCGAAAACUAGAAAGAUGUAUGGGAAUGACAUUUGCUAUUGACAGGUCACGUGAUCAAGACCUGUCAUUCCCAUACAUUUUUCUAGUUUUCGAAGCGUUAGCGAUCGGAGAAAGAGAAUCGACGUGCCACUUGGCUAAGGAGACUGUAAUGUUAAGAGUAACAAUAAUAAUAGGUCACUUAUUUAUUAAUUAUUAUCUAUCUUUGGAUGGCCAUUUUUAUGUAUCGGUUUUGAGAAAACUUCUGUCUUUAACAGAAACAGAGCCUAAGAAUGUAGCCGCAUUGUUGUUAUUUAAAAAUGUACUUAUUAACAGUACGUCUUUAUGUUUAUUUUAUGGUUAAAUCGAUAAAUAUUAUAUCAGAUAAUGUUUAUACAUGCAACCACCAUUGCCGAUUCACAGUAUAUUGCGCAAAAUAAGAUUGCGCGUGGCCAAAAUCAGAACUAAUCUAAAGUGCCGCCAUUUUAUCGUCUAUCUCUAUCUAUCUCUUUGCGGGUAAAAGAGAUCACUAACGCUGGCAACAUAAUUGCGCCGCCACUCGCCAGUCGCGCGCAAAUUAUCUUGCGCGUACUCUAAUUACGAUUCAAUAAUAUGACGUCGAGGAAUAGAUUGUUUUGAUUAUAUUUACAUACACCGAAUCGUUAUUCAGUACGAUUGGUCAUGUCGAUUCAAAGAAAGCCAAUUUGCAAAAAAAAAAAACGAUUCUUCAAAAUGAUUCGAACGAUUUUUCGAACAUAGUUAUUAAUCCUCGGAUGAAUUAUGAAUUCCGAAAUGCGAAGGCAUCGGUAAAAUAUUGAACUAGUGAUGGACAUUAUCCGCAAUCGAUAAGAGCGGUUAUUUAUAUAACUUUAUUUAAAUUUUUAUUGUAUGUGUAUUAUUGUUGUUUUAACAACAUUACCAGAAUAAAUUAAAUGUUAAUGUUUCAUGUAAAAUAAAUAAACAAUACUUAUGAAAGGUAAGUUAAAAUAAGCGUCUUUGUUACCAACCGUUAGUUAGCAGGUGAUUUGCCGGCAAUUUUUUUUUAAUCUCCGAUUGAAAUAUCUACAUUCUAUUUAACAAAAAUAUACCUUCAUUGAAUAUUAAUAUCAAAGAACUAUUUUAUGCAAUAAUGAGUCAUUAUAAAGAAAUAAUUAGAAGUAUUUUAAAUGAUAGCGUUUUGAACAAUUUCUUAUGACAUUGCUUAUAGUUAAAUUCUUAAUCAAAGAGGCCUCGAUAUUAUCCGUCAUUGCAUAAUAGUUAAUUACUCAUAUCAUCGCUCCAUCCAUGACAAAUAAAUAUUUUGAAUAAAAACAUGCAGAUGCAAGUAGAUUUAAUUGUUCGCGCUUUUGUAUGUCAAAAUAAUAUUUUAUAGGAAACACGCACAGAUAUUUAGUUUAGAUGAUAAAAUAUUUUUAUAAAGCGUCGUGAACAUAGAGUAGGUUUUUUAAAAAAAAUAUAGUGUCAAAUUACAAUAUCGAUGAUGUAUUAACAAAGAAUAAUUAUCGCAUUAUGUACCUACAGCAUUACACGUAUUCUAAAAAACAUCUUAAAACUUCCUUAGGUUCUAUCUAGUUCCACACUUUCUUUGCGUCUAUACACAAAAUAUUUGAAUCUCAAGUUAAAGUUUUCGCGUCAUAUCUUAAUAAAAAUAAAAAUCAUCAAUUAAAAAAAUAACUUCCAUUCUACCAAUCUUACUUCUACAACUUUAAAUUACUUGAUAUGCAAGUACCUACUUUUAAUUUCAACAUACAAACCAUGUGACUAGUAUGUAUUUGUUGUUAAAAUGUAAUGGAUAAACCAGUUAACUAUAUUAUUUAUAUAUUAUUUAGGGAACAUCUACACCUAACUUAAAAGCCUCCACCGAUUGUAAACCAGCGUUUUGCAGUUACUUUUCCAUAUUGUAUUUUUCAUCACAAAAUGACUGCUGUUCAUUACUGUCGUGCAGUGGCGAAGGAUAGAUUUUAGAUGAAUAAGUUCGUAACAAAGAAAAGGAAAUUACAGUGUGAUACAAACUCUGGUUUCUCAUAUGGAUAUGCAAGGAUUUUUAAAGGUAACCCAGCGGGAAUCUACUUGCAUGAACUCUUCGCCGUUGCUUUCCUGUACCUACUACACUCUAAACUGUAACAUAUAGGAUUUUUCUUUUCUGUAGGAUAGAGGAGACAAUACAUGAAGUUUAUACCUGUUUAUACCUAUAUCUGGUCAUGCAAUAAAAGACAAAAUGAGACUGAUUACAGGUAUGUAGAAUCCUAUUAGGAGAUCUGUGGUAAUAAUCGAUGUCGGGUGUAGAUGUUCCCAUAAUGUUGUACUCGUCAAUAUAGAAUAACAGCUGUAAAUACGCUUUUAGUAACUGCUAGGUAGAUCUAACGUUUUUCUCUAGUCUACAGGGUGCUGAAUAAGAGCUAAUGACGGUCUACUUUUAUUCACUUUAGUUUACCUAAAUACAAAAGUGUAUUGGAAAUGUACCUACUACAGCCAAAGAAAUGGUUGUUGCAACUUACCUGUCACACAGUUGUGUUGAACAUUCGUAAAAUGUUAAUUAGCAGGUGAAACUAGAUCUAAUUAAAGUAUAAUCAUGUGUUGUUUGUUUUUAAUUUAUAGAAACAAAUUGAUUUUUAGUAAAAUGAUGACACGACAAAUUGUUUUUGGAAAAAGAACAUGGAUUUUUUUUAUUUUUUUUUUUAAUUUUAUCUCAUCUAAUACCUAUUUAAUAUCUAUAUCAAAAUAUUUGUUAAUAGUUUUACACGACUUACGUUACUAAUAUACUAGUCAUUUCAAUAUUUAAUGAAUCCAAAAUUUGCAUUCAAACUCCAAACUAUUUGUUAUCCAGUGUAUUAACAUUUACCAAUUAUUAACCAAAACGAUCGUUCAAGUGUUUAACAAAUUUUAUUAAUAUGUUGUAUCCUUUUUAGGUUGUUUUAUUAUAAGAUAAAUACCACUCACUAUGUAGAAAUAACGAACACUGAUCUUAUUUAUGUGAGAUUAAGAUCAAAUUCAAUUAUGAUUAUUAUAAUUUAUUUAGCUAAUUUAGAUCAUAAGACUUUCCUUAGUUUCCAUAAUAUGUGUAUGACAUUGAAAUUUACUUAAAUUAUGUUAUUAAUUAUUAACUUCAAUAAUUAUAAUAAAUACAUACAAGGUACGCGUGAAAUACAUAACCCUUCUUGAGUCGGCGAAAUACAAAAGAAGACGAUUUAUAAAAUAACUUAAAUAGUGCCAUUAAAAAUAAUUUUUGAUGUGAGAAUUUGUUUGAUUACCUAGCAAUAUGGCUGAGUUUAAUGCAACUAUUCUUCAUGUUUAUUUAUUUUUAUCUGUUGUAUAUACACGUAAGUAACAAUUAAAAUGCAUUUGAAAAGUUUUUUCCAUCACUAAAAUAAAUAUAUGUAUAUUUAAGAAUUAUUAUUACGUACGUACAUCACACAGUCUAUUUGCAUGAUGAUUACCUAUUAUAACAAUUUCACAUCUUGUUUUUUACAUCAGAUGUAAAGUAUUAAUGAUGCGUGUGAAAUAAAGGUAUAUUUUUAUUGUUGAAUAUUAUUUAAAUAUACAUAAUUAAUACUUUAUUAUAAUAUUAUGUCAAAAAUAUACAUAUUAUCAAUUAUGUAAGGGUACCAUAUUAUAAUACCUACCUACGAGUUCGUUUUUUAAUUGUAAACUCCAAUGUCAUUAUGAAUUUAAGUUAAAAUACAUUUUGGUUUAUAAAAUAAUUGUAUCUAUAAGUAUUAAAAAAUUAAGAAGUAGAAUUUUGUGCGUUUUAAUAAUAUUAGUGACACUGGAUAUAUCUAAGGGAAACUGGAACUGGAUAAUGUUAAUGUUACCCAGUAUUUGACAGUAAAAUAAUAAUUCUCGACAAAAUAUAUUUUUAUUCUAUCUUAAAUCUAACAUUUAAUUGUAUACCUUUGAAAUCUUGUACGUAAUCCGCACCAAGUGGUAAAUUAUGUUGCAAAAUACAACAAUAAAAUGAAUUUUUUUACAAGUGUUAGAAAAGACGUAGUAAUUUCGAUGUGUUAACACAAUUACGAAGGUGACAGCCCUAAAUUAUAAGUAUGCUAAUAAAGUACAUUAUUGUAUUAA